AUGUCAUUGUCAAUGCCUUUGCCUCCGGCUGCGGUCGUGGAGUCCGAAGACCUCGCUGAAGGCAAUGGCUUUUGUCACCUGUCGCUACCCAUGUACUUCGAACACUCUCAUAGCUACGCAACGAUGACUGCCCUCCAAAGAAGCCUUGCGGCACCUACUCAUCAGCUGCGCCAGGCUGAUGCUCGUCAGAUACCUCCACGUCGCAGGGGUACCAAACCAUCGAACCCAGGGUAUCGGUCAGACCUUGAAAACACCCUCAGCGUAUCAUCCUCGGGUCAGGGGACAUGGCACAACAACGAACCACUCACCAAUGUCUCCCACCGGACCGGUGGUCGAUGCCCCGAGCGCACAUGGCGUCUUGAUGCUAGGGAAGAGGGAGUCGAUGGUACCUGCAACUUGCUCCACCGACCUUCGGCACAUCCCUGA